AUGCUGUCUCUUCCCAUUAUGACCCUUCUUCUGUCACUUUGCUCUUUGAACGCUGGAGGCUGCGAGCACUACGAUGACCCAAAGGACCUGAAAACGGAGUUUGCCCUCAAUCUUUACCAACGCUUGGCAGAACUAGAUGAUAAUAGAACCAACCUGGUUGUUUCCCCAGCCAGUAUUUCCCUCUCCUUGGAACUUCUGCAGGCUGGAGCUCAAGGGAACACCUUUGCCCAGCUGAAGCAUGCUCUGGGAUACAGCAUUCAUGAUCAGGACAUGCAGGACUUUUUGCACACCGUAUACAAAGAGGUGGCCAACUCAAGCCAAGGCACCAUUUCACAACUAGCCUGCGCGCUCUUUGUUCAAGCUGGAAUUCAUCUUUCACCUUGGUUCGUUCAGCAUGCUGCAUUCUGGGCAAACAACACAGUGCAGCAGACGAAUUUCAGCGAGCCUAACAGGACCGCAGUGCAGAUCAAUGAGUGGAUUGCCACAAGCAUUGGAGAUGAAGAAAUGAAUAGUCUGCCUUUGGAAACCAUUGAUUCCCCCCUUAGCCAGAUAGCUGUCGUGAGCACCAUGUACUUCAAAAGCACCUGGCAAAGGAAAUUCACCUUCACAGAUACUCAGACCUUGUCCUUUACCACUACAGAAGGCAUCACCCUAAAAGUGCCUACUAUGUAUCUCAGCGCAGAAGUCAAUUACGGUGAAUUCCUAAUGGAUUCUCUGGAACGGAUCAAUGUGGUUGAGUUGCCCUAUUUGGGGGAGAUGGUUAGUAUGUUUGUGGUGCUUCCAUCUGACAGGAGAACAUCUCUAGACAAGAUUGAGGCAUACCUGUCAGCCCGGACCUUCCCGUUGUGGUCCAACAGCUUGAGAAGAACAAAGAUGGAUAUCUUUCUCCCCAGAUUCAAAAUUCACAACCACUUGGACCUCAAAAUAGUUUUACCUGCGUUGGGGAUUACAGACAUGUUUGAUCCAACUGAGGCUGAUUUUAAAGGCAUUUCAGAACAGGAAAGUCUUUAUGUCUCGGAAGCCAUCCACAAAGCAAAGAUUGAAGUGUCAGAAGAUGGUACAAGAGCCUCGGGUACUACAGCUAUGGUACUGCUAAAAAGAUCCCGGGCGCCUGUCUUCAAAGCUGACAGACCUUUUAAUUUCCUCCUAAGACAAGCCAGAACAGGUUCAAUUCUGUUCAUAGGAAGACUUACAAAUCCUACAGAGUAA